AUGAUCUCCCUCUACACAAACACCUUCAGUCCAGUGGCCUUCUCCCUGGGGCUGCUCCUGGUGAUGGCUACUGCUUUCCCUACCCCGGUUCCUCGGGGAGAAGAUUCUAACAAUGAUACCACCUCAUAUAGACCACCACUCACCUCUUCAGAACAAAUUGAAAAACUCAUUAAGUCCAUCCUCCUCGAAAUCUCUGACGUGAAAAAUAAGAUGUGUGACAACCAUGAAUCGUGUAAAAACAGCAAGGAGGUACUGACAGAAAACAACCUGAACCUUCCAAAACUGGCCAGAAAAGAUGGAUGCUUCCAUUCUGGAUUUAAUCAGGAGACCUGCUUGAUAAGACUCACCACUGGUCUUCUGGAGUAUCAGGUAUACCUUGAGUACCUCCAGAACACAUUUGAGGAACAUGCCAAGGCCAUGCAGAUGAGAACAAAAGCCCUGGUCAAGAUCCUGAGGCAAAAGAUAAAGAAUCCCGUUGAAGAAACUAUCCCUGACCCAACCACAAACACCGGCCUGCUGGAGAAGAUGCAUGCACAGAAUGAGUGGCUGAAGACCACGACGAUUCACCUCAUCCUGCGAAGCCUCGAGGACUUCCUGCAGUUCACUCAGAGGGCUAUCCGGAUGUAG